AUGUCAUCGAGUUCAUCUUCAUACCAACAAUAUGGUAAUCCUGUUUUAUAUACUUUCGUUGGCUUUACACUUCAACCUUAUUGGUUAAUUAUUGCUGAAAUGCUUUUUCUUCAGGCACUACAACGUAUCAAUAGUCUAAUUGGAACCUCAUGUAAAAAGCAGAAGAAACACGUUUACAUUGCUCUUGAAAUCACAAUCCUUGGGCCUAAACGAACAGGAGUUGCACCAUUGAAAUAUAGUGUAUUGGAUUUUUUUCUCUCACUUGUAUCUGUCGGCCAUUUCGUUUAUUCAUGUUAUUUGCAAACAAAGUGCUCAUCUGCUGCUAAUGCAAAUUCUUGGAAUUGUUACAAUGCUUUUGGUUAUCGACUCUACAAUUAUGUUCUGCCAAGUGUCGUAUCCAUACUUGUUGAUUCUAUUGUUCAACUUGGUAAUAUUAAAUAUGUCAAAUGGUUUUUACUUGGUACAAGUAUUACUUUGAAUUCAUUAGUAGCUAUGGUAUUUAUUCCAUUUUUUGUCAGCAAUGUUAUACCUAUGUUAAUUAUAUAUUCAUGGAUACUGGUUGUUAUCUUAGUUGGUCUAAUUUUGCUAUACGCAAUCGUCAUCACUUCUGUAGUGAAUGCCAUAAGAAAAUGCGAAGGUUGUGGUUGUAUAUAUUGCGGAAAAUUCUUCGCAGCACAUUGUGUUGUUGGGCUUCAAGUGUUUGGAUGUCUUGUUUUUAGUAUGGCGUUUAAUUAUUCGCAGUAUAGCUUCUAUGGUGGAGAUUUUAAUUCAGUCCCAUGGUAUGAAUAUCAAUCAAGAGACACUGUGACUUGGUUUCAUAGUCUUAGUAAUAGUUCGGAAUUAUUAACUCAUAAUCUUCUAGCUGCCUUCUAA